AUGUCAGUCAAGGUCACCCACCACAGAUGCAAAUGCGACUUGACCAAGAUUAACGGCGUCCCAAUUGAGCCGAUCCAGCCCGAGAUCCUCCACUGCAGGGUGUUCGAGCCCAUCAUCCUCCAUGGAGGAGGCUUUGAAUUGUCGGUAUCAUCCUUUUUCUCAAUACAUUUAUAUUUUCCAAUGCAUGAUAAUCAUGUUAAGAAGAUAUGUGAUUUGUCACUGAGCUUGAACUAUAUUUCAUGUAGUAAGAGAGAAGUGGACAAGAAAGUUCUUAAAGUUUCUUUGAUUGAGCAGAAGAGUCGUGGAAUGAGUUGGUAUUUGUCUGAUUCUUCCCAACGUUUUCAAAUG